UUGUAAUACCCACGCACAACUUCCGCCAUUUUAUAACCACAUUGUUGUUGAAUUUGUUUGCGCCGAUUUUUGCAUUAUUAAUGAUUUGAUGUCAUAAUUCCUUAACAAUAUGAGUGAACUUGACCCAACGAAGCUCGACAAGUUGAAAGUCGCCGAGUUGCAAGAUGAAUUGCGUUCCAGGGGUCUAGAUACAAAGGGCAAAAAGGCAGUUCUCAUUUCGAGGUUGAAGAAAGCAUUAAAAGGUGGAGAUCACAAUGCUUCAAGUCAAUCGAUUGACACCUCCAUGGAUGGUGAUGCAGAUACCUCUCAGAGUCUGGAUGAAAGCUCGCAGGAAGCUGGUGAAUCACAACAGUCUUCUCAGGAGGAGGAACCACAAGAACCAGCCCCAGUAGAAACUGUAAAACCUGUUCCAGAGGAGGUUCCAGAGGAUGACAAACCUGUAGUUGAGGAGGUGGCACCAAGUUUGUCAGAAACUGAAGAGCCUGAUGCAGAACCUGAAGCGGACCAGGUGCCUGCUGAUGAAAGUGAGUCAGCCAAUGACCAGCCGGAAGAUGAUGUGGCUCCUUUUGAAGAGCCUGUUCAAGAAGUAAAGGAAGAGGACAGUCCAGAAGAAGUGAAAGAAGAGCCUAAGGAGGAAGAGAACUCUAAGCCUGUGGAAAUGCCAGUCACAGAACAGGAGGAUCAGGAGGAAUCUAAACCUGAAGAUGACCAGAUGGACACAGACCAGGCUGUUAAACAUGAGGCAGACGAGGGUUGGGAAGCUAAUCAGGAGGAAAAAAUGGAGCCUGAUCAGACUGAGACAAAGCAUGAGCCAGAAGAAAAAGUGAAUGAAAAUGGUGUCAAAAUGGAAGAAGAGGAGGAGGAGAAACCCGACCAUGAUAAUGAUCGAGGUGAGAAGAGGCAAAGGUCCCGCUCGAAAUCUCGCUCCAAGUCUCGAUCAAGGUCACGUUCACCACGGGAACGAAGGGGAAGACGCAGGUCCCGAUCCAAAUCCCACGAGCGCGAGAAAUCUAAUGACCGCUCCAGUGAGAAGUCAAGUGAAAAAUCCAAAACUCAGGACAAGAAAAAGUUUAGACCUCGCUCUCCCAUUGAACCAGAAGAUGAUACAUGGAAAGAAUGGACGCAUGUGUCAUUGGACAAAUACAACAGUGACCUGUUUUUGAAGAUCAGCAAGAACGGCCUGUGUGGCAAGCCUGCGACUGAUGGAGGUUUUGCCAUGAUCUGGGCUGGAGCUAGGGCUUCAUACGGGGUCAAAGGAGGCAAAGUGGCAUAUCAAGUGAAACUAACAGAGAAUUUGGAGGUGGAACAUCUUGAAGCCGAUGAAGCUAAUCCACAUGUCCUGCGAGUGGGCUGGUCUACCGAUGAUAACAACAUGCUGUUAGGAGAAGAGGAGCUGUCCUAUGGUUAUGGAGGCACUGGCAAGGCCUCAACCAAUCUCAACUUCGUGGACUAUGGGGAGCAGUUCACUGUUGGGGAUGUCAUUACAGCUUAUCUAAACCUUGAGUCUGAUCCGUGUGUGAUCUCCUACGAGAAGAACGGAACUGACCUUGGCACAUGCUUUGAGGUUGAGAAGACCAAGCUUGGCGACAAGGCAAUGUUCCCUCAUGUUCUCACCAAGAACACAGCAUAUGAGUGCAACUUUGGUGCCAUGGAGGAGCCCUACUUCCCCAUCAAGGAGGACUAUGUGCUCAUGGACAAGGUGGCCGUAGAGGAGAGAGUGAAGGGAACAGGGCAGCCGGAGAACAAGAUUGACUGUGAGAUCAUAAUGAUGGUGGGACUGCCUGCCAGUGGGAAAACAACAUGGGUUGAGAAAUACAAUGCUGACAACCCCAACGCCAAGUUUAAUAUACUGGGCACAAAUUUCAUCAUUGACAAAAUGAAGGUGAUGGGGUUGCCAAGAAAGCGUAACUACGCUGGCCGCUGGGACGUACUUAUUGACAAGUCAACAAAGUGUCUCAACAGGAUGCUGGAGAUUGCCAGCAAGCGAAAGAGAAACUACAUCGUCGAUCAGACAAAUGUGUAUGCAUCUGCUCGACGACGUAAAAUGCAGCCGUUUGAAGGCUUCUCACGACGGGCGGUCGUGGUCGUCCCAACUGAUGAAGAUUACAAAACCAGAUUAGAGAGCCAACAAAAAGUGGAAGGAAAAGAGGUCCCAGAGAAGGCCAUUUAUGAGAUGAAAGCCAACUUCACGGUGCCAGACGUAGGCAUGCUGUUUGACGAGGUAGAAUUCCCUGAGCUGCAGAAAGAGGAGGCAGAGAAACUUGUGGAGAAGUACAGGGAGGAGGGACAGAAGAACCUGCCCCUUGCUGAGCCCCCCGCCAAACGAUUUAAGGAGGAAAACGGAGGGAAAAGGGACCGUGAUCGUGGCAGUCGCUGGAGUGACAACACAGACCGCCACUCCAGCACUGGCAGUGGGGGGUCCCGUGACGGUGGAGGUGGUCGAGACAGUCGCGGGGGCAAAUCAUGGGGCGGUGGCGGCAGGGACAGUCGAGGGGGAGGAGGAGGUGGUCGGUGGGGAGGUCCAGAUGGUGGCAGAGACGGUGGCCGCUGGGGAGGUGGUGGCGGGGGCAGGUGGGAUGGAGGCCAGGGAGGUGGUCGCUGGGGCGAGGGUGGGGGCCAGGGAGGUGGUCGCUGGGGCGAGGGUGGGGGCCAAGGAGGUGGCAGAUGGGGUGGUGGAGGUGGUGGUGGAAGAGGUCGCUGGAAUGACGAACCCCGGGGUGGCGGUGGUGGUCGCUGGGGAGGAGAUAGAGAAGAAAACAAGAAGCCCACUGAAAAAUCAGGAGGCAGAAAUGAUCGUGGUGAUGAGAGGAGUAGAAGCGGUGAUCGUUGGGGCGGCGGCGGUGGUGGUAGAGACCGUGGGGGCGGUGGUGGUUAUGGAGGCAGUCGGGACGGAGGCAAGAGCAGCUGGGGUGGAGGUCGCGGAGGCUAUGGCGGAGGUGGUGGUGGCAGCUAUGGGGGCAGCUCUAGCGGUGGUGGGGGAGGCUACAACAAGCCCGCAGGGGGUGGGGGCUACAGCCAGAGCACCCCCCAGAGCUACCAGUCCAGCGGGGGCUAUGGCAACCAGGGAUGGAACCAGGGGGCUGGGGCCACUCAGCAGUGGGGUCAGACUGCCGCGACCCCUGGGCAACAAGCCUGGGGCCAGCAGGCUACCAACCAGGCAUGGGCAAACUAUGCACAGCAGUGGCCCGGGUAUGGUCAGCAGACGGGCCAGCAGACAGCAGCCACAGGAACCGGCUCUACUGCAGCCACUGCGGGAACCACAGGUAGCACUGGUACCCAGCAGGCGUAUAAUGCGGCAGCCUGGGCGGCUUACAACCAGAGCCAGUGGCCGAACUGGAAUCAGUAUGCCCAGUGGUACGGGCAGCAGGCCGCAGGGACAGGGCAGGGAACUGGAUCUGGGACAGGAAGUGGGACACAGUAAGGGGUUGCCGUGGAGACAUAGAUGGAAUGAAAUUUAUGUUGUGUUCACAAUAUAUGUUUAUUUUGCCUGAUAAAAUAACGUCCUGAGGUAAUUAAUUUGAUGUGAAAUCUCUUAAAAUUUGUUUGAAAAUCGUGUUUGCGUUCAGGCCUCCUGUGUGUAUUGAUAGUUGACAAAAAUAUUUGGACAGCGAUUAUGAUUUUAUAUGUUAUAGUGAUGGUUGAUACGAUGUUUAUUACCUUUAUGGUUAAUAUGAAAACUGAUUUGGCAGAACAUGUGCUAACGGAAAGAUUGGUCGAGUACAGAGGGAAAUACUGCUUGUUACCAUGAUGUUGUUGCAACUCUCUCAUGGUGGUUUUCCAGAAAAAUGGGGUUUAUAGGUGUAUACAGAUUUGUUGCACUUGCGCAUAUCAAGGAUUUAAGAAUGUUUAACAUGAUGAAUUUGUUAAUUCAAUGUUCAAACCACUCAUUAUGAAUGAAAAACAUGUAUUAUUAUUAAUUUUUGUAACAUCCUUCAUGGUUUUGCAUAACAAAUACAGAUUUGUAUUACAUUUUGUAUUGCAUUCAUCAUUGUCUACACUUUUCAAGUUUUCUUUCAUAUUUUAUGCAUUGCUGUGCAAAUCAUUUUGUGCAGUUGAAAUAAUACAUUGUUCUCAAUUGGAGUUAAUACUCUAUGUAAUCAUCUAGAACGUUUGUCUAUCACUUUUUUUUAUUGCAAAUCAAGUCAUUAAAUGAUAAAAU